AAGGGUAAAGAGGCCAAAACUCCUCUACCGAUCGUAGCACCGCGGUCUCCUGUUUUUCUUUCUCUUUGACCCAAAAUCAGAUAAUCCAUACAAUUUCGGGUCCCAAGCCUCCAUCUGAUCUUCUUGGUUUCGUCGCUUCAGUUGAUUGUUUCUUCUUGUUCGAAACUUUAUUGCAUUAUACAAUAUAAUUUCUACUCGCUGUCCUUGUCGCCCUCUUCAAAGUUGAAGAAUUGGGAGUUUUGACUCUUCCAUUGCGAUUUCGAUUGUUACUGUAAAGCUCGUGAGGCAGUUCUUUUGAAGCAAUUCAGCUAUGCAGAGCCAGCUUCAGUGUAGUGGGUGUAGGAGCAUUCUUCUUUAUCCAAGAGGUGCAGCAAAUGUCUGUUGUGCAUUAUGUAAUACGGUUACCUCUGUCCCUCCUAUAGGCAUGGAAAUGGCUCAACUUAUAUGUGGAGGUUGCCGGACAUUGCUUAUGUAUACACGUGGGGCAACAAGUGUGAGAUGCUCUUGCUGCCACACUGUAAACCUUGCACCAGCAUCUGGACAGGUUGCUCACAUCAACUGUGGAAACUGCCGGACAAUGCUCAUGUAUCCGUAUGGGGCUCCAUCGGUCAAGUGUGCUCUCUGCCACUAUGUUACUAAUGUUAGUAUGGCUAAUGUAAGGGUUCCACUUCCGGCAAAUAGACCCAAUGGUGCAGCCGGAAUGAUAUCAUCUACUUCUACACCAAUGCCUCAUUCUCAAACUCAAACUGUUGUUGUGGAAAACCCUAUGUCUGUCGAUGAAAGUGGCAAACUGGUUAGCAAUGUUGUCGUUGGUGUAACGACAGAAAAAAAAUAAUGUGGUGAGAUUUUGAGAUCUUACUGUUCAUAUGGUAGGAAACAGUCAGAUUGGUCGAUAUGGAAAUUGAUUGUGCAUAUUUUUGUUGGAUAUAGCUAUGGUUAAGAUUUAUUUUAUAAAACCAUUGCAAAUAUAUUAGCUCUUAAAUAGAGAAAUUCCAAAGUGGAUGUACAUUGUGAAGAUUAGAACUGGAGUGAUUAUUGUUCUGGUCCACUUGUAUUUGUUUGCUGCAUAUUUGUUUCUACCAGAGUGAUUGUGCUUAUUUUUUGAAAACACAAUUACAUAUCUGAAAAUGCCAUUUUUUUCCAACACAA